UUUCCGCCCGGACCCGUUGCGGGUGUACCGGUUUUGCGGGGCUGCAGCGUGCGGGAGGUGAACGGCGGUCAUGUACCGAAGAGCGAUUAUCUCUCUGUUCCCGCGGAGACCCGCACUAACCCCCUCACCUGAGCACACCUGUACACUGCCGCUCCGCGCGCACAGGGCGGUGGUACAGGUGAGCUGUAGAGCGUUCUGCAGCACCGGGGUGAUUCUCUGUGAGAAGAAAGACAGAACUUCCUCUCCUCCAUCAGUGAACGUGAAGAAUGAUGAAGGGAGGAGUAAAAACCCCGAAAACGCAGAACCGACAGAACCGGAGCCGAGAACAGAACACAGAACUGAACCGAAGUCGAAUAAGAAGGCUCUGCUGGAGCUGCUGGGGGGGAUGAAGGUGGAGGUGACCACCAAGCGCAAGCCUCCACCCAGACCCAAGGAGAUGAACCUCACCGUCGGUGAGGACACGGAGCACAGCGAGUCUCUGAGUGAGGAUUUAGUUGCGGCGGCGGCGGCAGCGGCGUCUACACUUCCCGACGGCUCUCGCGCUAAAUCUGAACUCCUCCGCCAACUCCGCAAACACGAGAGCGUCUACACCCACGACAAGAAACGAGACACGCCCAACAUCCAGAAUAUAAUCGCUGAUAUGACGGUGAGAAAAACGAGCGGCCGGCAGAAUAACAGACCGACCAAUCAGAUUGAAUGUGAUGAGGACGAUCAAGCAUACCCCGGCGACCACGGCAACAGCGGGGAACCAGACCGACGCAGGAAAAUAAUGGCUGAUAUUCAAUAUUCUGAUCGAGGAAACCCCAACAACCGCGGCAUCACCGGAGAACUGGAGAGACUCCGCAGGAGCAGACUGUUUUAUACUCGAAGGCUGAACAUCUUCCCUAUUGGUAAAAAUCAGAAGACAGACACUGAGCUGGCUGCAGGUCCCAGUCUGUGGGACGCAGAUCUGGCCAGUAGGAUCUCAAAAGCUCUAAACAACCAACCCCGGAACGGCUUUGAGGAGAUGAUCCAGUGGACCAGAGAGGGCAAGAUGUGGCAGUACCCCAUCGACAACGAAGCAGGUAUGGAUGAGGAGGCCGGUGUGCCGUUUCACGAGCACGUGUUCCUGGAGCGCCACCUGGUGGACGGGUUCCCGCAGCAGGGUCCGGUCCGGCACUUCAUGGAGCUGGUGGUAACGGGUCUGAGCAAGAACCACCAGCUCUCCGUCCAGCAGAAGCUGGAGCACAUCGCCUGGUUCCGGGACUAUUUCCAGCAGAAGCAGGACGUCCUGAAGGAGGCCGAGGCCUACUGACCUGCUACUGUCCUGCUACAGACCGCGGGAAUAUACAGCUCUGUUUAAAAAAUGAAGAGAGCACUUCAGUUUCUGAAUCAGUUUCUCUGAUUUUGCUAUUUAUAGGUUUAUGUUUGAGUAAAAUGAACAUUGUUGUUUUAUUCUAUAAACUACAGACAACAUUUCUCCCAAAUUACAAAUAAAAAUAUUCUCAUUUAGAGCAUUUAUUUACAGAAAAUGAGAAAUGGCUGAAAUCGUUUUUUGAAACAGUUUUUUAUGCAUCUUGGCAUCAUGUUCUCCUCCACCAGUCUUACACACUGCUUUUGGAUAACUUUAUGCUGCUUUACUCCUGGUGUAAAAAUUCAAGCAGUUCAGUUUGGUGGUUUGAUGGUUUGUGAUCAUCCAUCUUCCUCUUGAUUAUAUUCCAGAGGCUUUUAAUUUGCUAAAAUCAAAGAAAAUCAUAAUUUUUAAGUGAUCUUUUGUAUUUUUUCCAAGAGCUGUAUGUACACACCUGUAUUAUAAAAUAUUACAUUAUUAUUAUUAUUAUUAUGUUUAAUUAAACCAAUAAAUACAUUCGCUAGCUCUGAUUAUUACUGUACUGUGUUUAAGGGGAAAUGCUGAAAGUGCUGGAGUGUGUUUAAUUUGUGAUAAAUAAUAAAUAAAUACAUAAAUAUA